AUGGUUUUAUUUGAAGCAAAUGGUUGGAAUUUAAAGACCAAAAAGAUUGAAAUAGGUGGAUUGCCUGAUAAAAAAAGUAAGACCCAGAAGAGAAAAGAAAGAAAAAAUGCUCAAAGAAUUCAAGAACAAGAACAAAUAGAACAAGAACAAGCAUCUAAAGUCCCAGAACCAAAAGAACAACAAAUUGCAGAAGAACUGCCAAAAGAUAAGAAACUGAAGAAUAAAAAGAGAAAACAAGAAGAUAAUGAAGAUAAAAAGCCAGUAAAGAAAACCAAAUCUGAAGAAUCGAGAGAAGAAUCAGUGAAACCAUUGUUUUCUGGUAAGAAACUAACUCCAUUACAACAAAAAAUGAUGGCUAAAUUAUCUGGAUCUAGAUUUAGAUGGAUAAAUGAACAAUUAUAUACUAUUAGUUCAGAAGAUGCCUUGAAAUUGAUCAAAGAUACUCCAUCUUUAUUUGAUGAAUAUCAUCAAGGAUUUACUCAACAAGUUGCAUCAUGGCCAGAAAAUCCAGUUGACGUAUUUGUUGAUCAAAUUAAAACAAGAGCCAAGGCUAGACCAGUUAAUGCUCCUGGUGGAUUACCUGGAUUGAAAAACAAGCAAGUUGUUAUUGCUGAUAUGGGAUGUGGUGAAGCUAAAUUAAGUUUAGAUGUUAGUAAAUUUGUCAAUCAAUAUAAUAAAAAAAACAAAAAGAAGAAUUUGGAAGUUUUAGUUCAUAGUUUUGAUUUGAAAAAACACAAUGAAAGAAUUACUGUUGCUGAUAUUAAAAAUGUUCCAAUUCCAGAUGAAUCUUGUUCAGUUGUGAUAUUUUGUUUGGCUUUAAUGGGAACUAAUUUCUUGGAUUUUAUUAAAGAAGCAUGGAGGAUUUUAAUACCAAGAGGUGAAUUAUGGAUAGCUGAAAUUAAAUCUAGAUUUGGUGAAUCUUCAACUGCCAAGGAUUCUGAAAAAAUUGGUGAAGAGUUUGUUAAUUCAUUAAAAGCAUUUGGAUUUUUCCAUAAACUGACAGAUAAUUCCAAUAAAAUGUUUACUAGAUUUGAGUUUUUCAAACCUCCUCCAGAUAUUUUAAAAGAACGUCAAUUGAAAAUGGAAAGAAAGAAAAAGAAGUUUAUUGAAGAUGAAGAUGAUCAAACUGAUUUAGAAAAAUUGGAAAAUAAACGUAAUGAGAAAGCUGAAGGUGAAUGGUUGUUGAAACCAUGUAUAUACAAGAGAAGAUAA